UGGCCCCUCCUACCGUGGGAGGGACAGCUCCAGCAGCCUCUCUAAUACUGGGUGUCACACAGCGGUGCCACCAUUCGGGUCCCGGAGUGUCACAAGCAAAGGACACAGCAACCCAAGUGCGGCAGAGAGCAAAAAUAACCCCUCCAUGUGCGUCCCGGUGAGGAGGAAGAUGAGAUAAAGCCACUCAGAUGGAGGCCAGUUCCACCAGCCUCAAGAGGCUCAAGUUUGGGAAGCUGAAGGUGGUACGUCGGCGCUUGCUGCAGAGGUAUGAGCAUCAGCCCUUCAUCUCCUGCCUGGCUGGUUUCUACAGCUGCCGGUGGAAGCGGUACCAGCGCAGAAGGACCGAGCCUGGGAAAUGCUGCUGCAAGACGCGGGAAUGCGUGUUUUUCCCACUGCUUGUUGGAGCUUUCUGCUUUUCUCUGGUCUUUCUGUACAUGUGGGGUGAAGCUAAAAAUGACUACAAUAACUUUGACUGCGCCCUACACAACCACAGGCAGACAAAGUAUAACUAUGGGAACCUGGGCUUCUGGUUUCUCUGGUCUCUCGUUCUCCUUAUUGUAGCUGCAAUCUUGUUUAUGUACAUCACGCUCUUAUUGGUCCUAGCGAUGUGUUUGCUUGCAGAAGGUCAGCAGCUGUACCUACACUGGAGUCACAAGAUUGGGACUUUUCUUGUCCUGGGCUUCUCUAUCACAGCCCUCUUCAUAUUAUCGGUACUCUGGGGAGAUCAGUGGAAAACUGUCCGCCUGUCGUUUCAGAUCACAGCUCCCUACCUCCACAUAGGGGCAAUAACCAUCAUGGUCCUCCUGUCCUGGCCCGUGGCUCUUCACACCAUCAGAGCACAUAAGAAAGUUGUUCAGGUGAUAAUUGUUGGUCCAUACCUGGCUAUCCUUCUCUUUCUUUUCUUGAUACCUCUGGGAAUGUACUCUCCUUGCAUCAGAGAGAUGGGGACACUUGGACCAAAGCCAGCCCUCAUUGGACACCGUGGAGCACCAAUGCUGGCACCAGAAAAUACUGAGAUGUCAUUUCAGAAGACAAUUGAAUAUGGUGGGGAUGGUCUUGAAACAGAUGUCACCAUUAGCUAUGACGGGGUUCCUUUCCUCAUGCAUGACAGCACCUUGAGGAGGACAACUAACAUCAAGGAGGUCUACCCCAAUGAUACUACUCAAAAUGCUGCAUUAUUCUCCUGGGAUACCCUCCAGGAGCUGAAUGCUGGAAUGUGGUUCCUUAAGGACAAACCAUUUUCAUGCAUGGGCUCACUGUCAAGGGCAGAUCAAAACCAGGCAAUGAAUCAGUCAAUUUACAAGCUAAGUAAUUUCUUGCGCCUUGCAGACAGUCAGAACAAACUUGUGAUAUUUGAUCUCUACCGCCCUCCAGAGAAACAUCCUUACAGGAACUCGUGGAUCAACAGAACCCUGGAAGUCAUCCUCAACGAGUCGGGAAUUAGACCCAAUCUGGUCCUGUGGCUGGAGAAUGACAUGAGGUCCUUUGUUCAAUCCGUUGCUCCUGGGUUUCAGCAGACAGUGGGCAGUAAGGCCCCAGUUGAAGACCUGCUGAUGGACAAUAUUGUCAAACUCAAUCUGGCCUACACCGAGAUGUCCAGUGAAGAUAUUAGGAAAUAUGCUGAGGCAAACAUCACCACCAAUCUCUAUGUGGUCAACGAGCCAUGGCUUUUCUCCCUGGCGUGGUGCUCCGGGGCACAUUCUGUGACAACCAAUGCCGUCCACACACUGAGGAAUCUCAGCCAGCCACUAUUCCUCAUGACUCCGCAGCAGUACAACAUCAUGUGGAUCCUGACAGAUCUCACCUCUGUGCUCCUCAUCUCGCUCAUCUUUGCUCUGCACUGGUGGCGAGAGCAGAGUUUCUCCUGCUGUGCCCAUGACGGUGGCCCGAUGCUGGAAAGCGGGACCUACAACAAGUUUAGGACAGAGCUCAGCGACAUGCCUGCCGUCACGGCCUGACACGGGCAGGGAGGGGACAUGGACCUGCCAUCUUGAUGAGGACUGGAGAGCAGACUGUCCCCUGCUGCCCCUUCCUGCAAUGCAAAGACCAGCCUGCCAAGGGGGCCAGCUGGGGGGCUCAGAUCUGCCUGGUGAGGAGGAGCCAUUUGCCUUCAUGAACCUGCCAGAGAUGAGCAUUGAACCUCUUCUAUAUUUUUUCUCGCAAUCCUGUGCCUGGUGGGGAUCCCUGGGGUGUAGCGGAGCACAGAUGGAGUUGCAGCCAUGAAGAGGCUGUGCACCAUGAUGAGAUGCAGCGACCACAUGGGAGCCACCACUUUCCUCUGAGACCACUGACAUCCCACAGGGCAAUCAUCCUGUAAUCCCUCCCGUUGUCCAUAAACUCUGUUUCUACAGCUGUGUUUUGCAUAUACUGCAAAGAUCUGAGCAUCCUCCAGUCCUCCUCAUCCUCAGCUCCCGUGUCAGACCAGCCUCUUCUCCACGCACUCCCUCCCUCCUCGCAGGUCUCUUCCAUCCUCAAGAGCACACUAGCCCCACCACAAUGGUCAGGUGCUGCUGGCUGGGUCACUAGGGUCUGUGCCUUUCUAUAACCCAGGCGGGGGCAGUUUAGCUUUUCCUUUUCCCCAUUCUUGCCCUGUCAUAGACCCGAACAGGACAACUUCUUCCACCUGGCUGUGGAUGAGGGUGUAUCUUCCCAUGGAUGCUGAAGGACUUUUUGGUGCCUUGGCCAUCUAGUUACUGGGACUUUGACCAGGAGUACACCAACUUUCUUCAGAAGCGUUGAGCUGCGUGUGAAUCAGUCCCACCAAAUGUCCCAUUUGCUUUUCGUUUCGGAAGGUCUGUAUACCUGUGCUGCACCCUGGGAUUUAUUCAGAUUUUUCAUUUCUCUCAGUGGUUGCCAGCACACAGAGGGGAGGGAAUCUCUGCCCUGCUCUGCAGGGGAGAUGUAAGCAUCUCCCAGGUUUAAGCCAUAAAUUUCUACUUGAACAGAUAAUACGAACAUGUUUUUUUGUAAAUUACAAGUGCUGUUUCAAAUACAUUUUAGCUCUCCU